GUAGAUGCGGAGAGCAGCUCUAAACGUCACAGUCGGGCACACGAGGACAUCACACCCCACGCCCACACGUACGCCUCUCGCAUACUGAGACCCGUACUCCAAAUACGAUACGACCGAAUCUGAGAGGGGUCUAGCAACACAAUGGCGACUCAAUUCUUGAGGGCAACGGCUCGUGCCGGUAUGAGGGCGAACAUGGCGACUGCUUCCCGCGGCUUUCAAACAAGCGCUGUGUUGAGGCAAGAGACGGUUGUUGCUGCGCCCGUGAGGAAGCCUGUUGGCGCUUUCAGAGGAGGACUGUUCGGGUUCCUUCUCGGUGCGACGACAUCCGGCGCGGGCAUGUACUACUAUGUCAUUGACGAAUACCGCGUUUCCAAUCAGCUUUUGACCGAAGACAUCUACGCCCUUCAGUCCGCAGUACAACGGAUAGAAGGCUACGUCCGCACCCUCGAGGACAAGGUCAAUGCGAAGAAGCGAUAAGUCACAUUGUUCUUCCACAGAGUGACAGAUAUGCGAGGUGCGACAAGGGUGGAAAUGGUUUCACAGUUUAUGAGGCUAGCAUUUUCAAAUGGUAGUGAACGUGUAUAUUAUGGAAUGACUUCUCUGCCUACUUCAUGUAUUCCCAAUACCUGGCGAGUGUUCAUGUUACUGAUCUUGUGAGGCUUUUGUGCCGAGUGAAAGGGGCAGAGACAUUUUCAAUCACCCGGUGCAUGUUCAGAGUAAGAAUAUGAUCAGAUGGGGGGGUUUUUUUUACUACCCUUGUUCACUAUACACUGAUUCUACGCCAAUGUCUGUAGGGUGAUAGCGAUGGACCGCCAUGACGCAAACUGGAACACUCCUGACAGCUGUGUAGGGUAUCACUGCCACCCAAUGCCCACUUCAGAUAUGACCUCCCAAGAUUUUAGGCAAUAGACCAUUACUAUCCAAUAAA